AUGGUCCUGAUCCCCAAACCGGGCAAACCACCCAGCAUAGACAACCUGAGACCCAUCUCUCUAACGUCGUGCGUGGGCAAGGUGCUUGAACACGUCCUACUCAACAGAUGGCAACGUUAUUUGGAAGAAUCCAACAUAUAUCCACAUACAAUGCUGGGGUUUCGGGCCAAACUGUGUACCCAGGACGCCAUGCUGUUGCUCAAGAACGAAAUCGUGGACAGACACUUUCCCACGUUGGAUAACAGAGCGGUGCUCGGACUGGAUCUCCAGGGAGCAUUGGACAACGUACACCACUCGGCCAUCCUUCGGCAGGUUUCCCACUUCAACAUGGGGGAGAGGACGUUCGCUUACGUCAAAGAUUUCCUGACCAACUGCACCACGCGGCUUGUGGCAGGAGAACUACAACUACCGCUCAAGCAGCUGGGGAGCACGGGGACACCGCAGGGCUUGUACACGAUCUACGCGGACGACAUCACGCUGUGGUCAACGGGAGGAAGCGACAGCCACAUCGAGGCAGCCCUCCAAGAAGCCGUCGCCGCCGUAGAAGAACAGCUACGACCCACCGGACUCAAAUGUUCACCAACCAAGUCGGAACUGCUAGUGAUCUCACCGCGAAGUGCGCGACGCCCGACAACGCAGAACAUCAACGUGGUAACCCAAGACGGAACGCCGAUACCGCACGUGCAGACGCUCAGAGUUUUGGGGCUGCACCUCCAGGACUUGAACCGCAACAACGUGACGGUACAGAAGCUCAACGCAAAGCUCUCGCUGGCCACCCGCCUACUCAAGAAGGUGGCCACGCGGUACCAGGGCAUGCGAGAAGACAGUCUACUACGACUCACCCAGUCGUUUGCAGUCAGCCACAUCUCUUACGUAGCGUCGUUCCACAAUUUGAAAGCGGCGGAGAAGAUCAAGAUUGACGCGAUGAUCAGAAAGCCGUACAAGACGGCCCUGGGCUUAUAUCCCUACACCAACACGGAACGCAUGCUCGCGUUGGGCGUUCACAACACGCUGGAAGAAAUCGCAGAAGCCCAGCGAAAGGCGCAGUAUCACCGCCUGUCCCAGACCAGGACGGGAAGAGCGAUACUAAAGCGCAUCGGAAUCAACGCGCCAGCGACGACUCCGGAGUUCGGCCCGAAUAAACUGUUUCGAUCUGUAGCCGACUCCCUUCGGCCACAUCACGACUAUGUGACAUCUGGUGGAGGUGCUUCCCGGCCCAUGUACCGAACGUUCCCCUCCAGCCGUAAGCCAAACCCACACUGUGAAGAGGACACCCACCUCGAUCAGCGAGCUAGCCGCAGGCCGCAAGGACAAGAGCGAGACUACGGGGCUCUACCCGAUAACUUUCGCAAGUUCAAGGUCACCGUCACUACAGCGACCACUAUGGCCACCCCUGCGCCCACACCCGCCACGGUCGUAAUGCAGCAGCCGAGAGAGCCACCGACCUUCCACGGAUCAUCAUGUGAAGAAGCGGAGACAUGGCUGGAGACGCAUGACCGAGUGGCCGCCUUGAACUAG